AUGCUUUCGUCUAAAGGAAAUUCAGCCUCGGGCGCUCCCAUCCAGAUUCAACCUGAAACCGCACCAUCUCUUUCAGGACAGGAAUCUAUUGAUGACGCCAUCGCUGCCGAAGUACGCAUUCAAGCUCACGAGCGAGCAGAUCCUGCGCAGGUCAUUGAGUCAGAGCUGAUGAGCCAUUGGGGUCACGGAGACUCUGGAAAAUCCUACCUUGGGACCAGAAAAAGAGCCGCCAGCGAGAGAAUGUCGAAUGACAAGUUGAGAAUAUAA